GCCGGGCAUCCGAGUCCCACAAAGGAUUGCGCCGCAGUGUGAGUUGAGACUUGGAGGCGAGCAGGUGGUUUGCGCGGUCCGUCUCUCGCGUGAGGAUGUGUCUAUCGAACCCGUGUUGUUUCUCGUGUCUCUGAGGAUCUUUCGUGAGUGGAGUACGGUGUUGGUGUGUCCAAUGCGAGCUAGACAGUGAGAUCUGUGGAUAAUUUGUGAAUAUAUAUGUAUUUUUUUUAUAUAUGUUAUUUUUUUAUUUUUUAUUUUUUCUUCUCUCAUCGCGUGCUGGACCGGAGCUGAGUUUCAUAAGCGGUAGACGGAACCUGCGCCCUUGACCAGAGGUGAUGUCCGGAGGUUCCGGAGGUGUCCCUGGCGUCCCGCCCGCGCCCUCGGUCUUCUCCUCGUUCGUGGGCGCUGGAGUGACUCCGCCCAUGUACCCGGGGGGCCACCAUGCCGCCCACGCCGCCCACACGCCCCCGGGGACACACUACAGCCAGCACCACAGACUCCACCCGCAGCUGUCGGUGCUGCACCAGGUGAGCUCGGAGGCGGCGCCGUCGGCGUUCCACCCGGUGGUGUCCCGCGGGGCGCGGCGGCUGCACGACGUGUCCAGCCCCGACCGCGACGCCGCCCGCGCCGAGGACCCCGGCGGACCCCAGCUGCAGGGCGGGCCGGGGCGCCAGCUGGGGGACCUCCCGCCGCACGUGCUGCCGCCCCUGGGCCACUCCAUGCCGCCCCUGGGGGUGCCCAGCCUGGGCAUGGGCAACCCGCUCCUGCCGGGCAUCUUCGACCGGCGGCUGCUACGCGUGUCGGGGCGCGCGGCGCGGCCCAAGAAGCAGUUCAUCUGCAAGUACUGCUCCCGCCACUUCACCAAGAGCUACAACCUCCUGAUCCACGAGCGCACGCACACGGACGAGCGCCCCUUCCCCUGCGACGUCUGCGGCAAGGCCUUCCGCAGGCAGGACCACCUCAGGGACCACAAGU